UAAAGGGGAAAGAGAGAGAAGGAAGGAGGGGCGUCGGGCGUGACUUCGCGUACGGUACUGCCCGAACCCGGCUACAGGAACUGGCGAAAUCGUCAGCCGUCUGGAAGCUCGGGAAAACGACGCUGCAGUAGCGGACGACAAGCGAUAGCAGUCGACGCCCGAACGUCUCCCGCUCGCACCCCCCGACCCUCAACGAAGAGCAGAAGCGCGACACUUGUCACCGAGUCGCAGCGGCGGCUGUUAGGAAGUGAUCGUCAACGAGCUAGCCUGCCUGCUUUCCUUAGUCUCCAGAAAGAGAGAUAAAUGGAUGGCGUCUGUUUCGACGAUGCGGGAGGCCGGCUGCGGAAAGCGAGAAAGUGACGGGCAGCCUUUCCCACACCGCCGCUGCCGCCGCGGCAGGGCAGGGCCCCGUGCUGGUGCUGCGUCUGCGGCGGAUGCCGUCGUGGUGCUGUUCCCCGUUGUGCGUGUGAGUCAGUCGCAGCGGUGAAAGGGGCUGCGCUGCGCGCCGGCGCGGCUCCCGCUCGAGUCGCCCGCUCGGUUGCUUCUCGGGUCGGCUGUCACUUGGCGGAGACGAGAGCCGCCGCGGGCAUGCGCCGCGGGGAACGGCGACCACGUGGCUCCGUGGCGUCUCGGAUUUAGCCGACCCGCAACAACGGAGGGAAGUGGCCGCUUGACUACUCGCCCGCCGUUCACGGACAGGAUACUCGGAAAGACGCCGGCUCCACUCAGCGCGCGCUUCCUCGUCCCGAUCCGGCCUGCUCAUCACUCGGCGCCGCAAACGUGCCUUCGGCUUGGUCAUUUCCAAGUGCGAGAUGGAGGCGGCGUCACAAUCGAUGUUCCGCUUCGAAGCUCGAAGACACAGCGAGCGUCUUGUGCCGACUGCAGGAACAAGGAAUCCCAGAUUCUCCCACGAACAUGUGACAGUUCAAGUUACGGUAUCUAGACAUUAGUCUUGAUGUUUCCUUCGACGGGAGAUACUUUAGGCGGCGCAUACGUCACCACUUCAACGUACACGUCUCCGGGCUGAACGAUGACGUAAGCGAGUUCAGUGCUGCAAUUUGUGCCCUUCGAAAGGACUGUUGCCGCUGUUGGGAAACACCAGCGAUGGCGGGCUCCAACAGACCCGAGCUCCGCCUCGCGUACCGCAUCUUCGUCACGGUCAACAUUCUGCUUGCCGUGUACAACAUGAUAUGCUUCCAGAUGCCCCGCACCGACGUCAAGCCCUGCGUGCUCGUCGUCGCCAAUCACUCGCUGCAGGAAGUCGCGGAUUACGCUGCCAAGAUUUCGCAGCCUCCCCCUCCGCUACCACCACCCCAAUCACAGCCGGUCAAGGCUGCUGCCCCGACCAGCGUCGUCCAGAAACCCCAGUUCCAGAACAGGCAACCCCUCCAGUCAAAGCUAGCCACUACCCGCGCGCCGGUCGCAGCGAGUCUUAGUCGGAUCGGCGACAGCAACGCCGGCGGCAACAGGAUCGACUCCACGCCAAAGAAAGAAGCGCCGGCGACGACGACGACCAAGUACGUCGUCCAGAAGGACUUCAUACUCUCGGACGUUUCGGUGCCGUUCAACGACAGCGUCACCCUCACGACGCAGGCGACUCACGAGUUCCUGCAGCACGUUCCGGUGCUGUGCUCCCGAUGGCAAGGGCCCAUCUCUGUGGCCGUCUUCGCGCCGGGCACCGACUACGCGGUGGCGCUGGACAAGAUCGCCUUCCUGCGCCACUGUGGCGACCCGUGCGUGAGUGCGAACGUGACGUGGCACAUGGUGUUCGACAGGGACCACGCGCCGCCGGCGGCAGUCGUGGUCGACUCGUCUUCUUCCGCGGUCUUUCUCCAGUCCUGGAACGGCUCGUGCUCCUCGGACGUGAUGGGGCGCGAGUACGCGCAGUUCCGCAAGGCGCACAAGAUGACUUACCCGAUCAACGUGCUCCGGAACGUUGCGCGGCGCCGGGCCCGCACGCGCUACAUUCUCGCCUCGGACAUCGAGCUGUACCCGAGCGCCAACGUGAUUCCGCGCUUCCUGAGCCUGGUCGCUGAGCGCCGGCGUCGCAACGCCACCGAAGCGGCGGCGCCGCAGGUGUUCGUGCUGCCUAUCUUCGAGGUGCAAGCCAAGCAGCGGCCGCCCCUGACCAAGCGAGUCCUGGUCGAGAUGCUGCGCAACAAGACGGCCAUCUUCUUCCACAAGUGGGUCUGCGACCAGUGCCAGAAGUUCCCCAAGCGAGAGGAGUGGAUCGAGUACGUACCGGCCGAUGACGACAAGUUGGGCAUUCUCACCACGACCAAGCGCGACCGCACCAAGCGCUCCUGGGAGCCCAUCUACAUCGGAACCAACGACGAUCCCUUCUACGGAGAAGAGCUCACCUGGGAGGGCAAGAGGGACAAGAUGUCACAGAGCUACGAGCUUUGUCUACGCGGCUACGACUUCCACAUCCUGGACAACGCCUUCCUGGUGCACGCGCCCGGCAUCAAGACCAUCAUCGCCAGUGAGGAGCGCCGCAGGGUGCCCUUCGUGAAAGUGAACAAUGCGCACCACGCGCGAAUCAUGAACAGCCUCAAGUCUCGGUACCCGGCGCUUGCCAAGGACUGUUAGGAACCCUGUUCAGUGCGUGUGUGAUUGUGUGCUUGCGUGCCUGUGAGUGCUUGAGAAGCCCGUGUAAUAUAUACAAAUGCGUAUUAUAUAAAGUACCUCCGCCCGUGUUUUA